UGUUACGAAAUUACGAUAAUACGAUUCAUCUCCAAGGUUCCAAGCUUGCAGCACACGAUUCCCUAAGCGAUUAGGAAUUGCGAAAUUCGGCCGAUAUCAUCAGUCAAUCGCUCGCAGCUCCCCUCAUCGGCCCGUUCCCAAAUACAAAUACCUAUCUGGUUGUCAAAAACGUAAAAAGAAGAAGCUAGAGGAAGAAAGAGCAAAGGCUGACAAAGGGCCGCGUAUACACAAAUUUUUCUCAAAACUAUCUCAAAGUUCUAGUUCUAAUGUGGAUGCUAAUGUGGGUGAAGAUAAUGCGGAUGUUAAUGUGGAUGAAGCUAAUAUGGGUGAAGAUGAUGCUAAUGUUAAUGUGGAUGAAGCUAAUAUGGGUGAAGGUGAUAUCAAUGCUAAUUUGAAUGAAGCUAAUAUGGGUGAAGAUGAUGUUAAUGUUAAUGUGGAUGAACCUAAUGUGAGUGAAGAUGAUGUUAGUGUGGAUGUGGAUGAAGCAAAUGUGGGUGAAGAUGAUGCUAAUGGUAAUCCUAGUAUUGAUAUUUUUGAUCCUAGAACUUGGGAUUCGCUUAAUCCUAACUUGAAAAAUGAAUUGGUUAAAAAAGGUCCAAAAAGAGAGUUGACUAUUGAUAAGGGUACCAUGGAUAAAGAUGGAAGACGAUUUUCUAAAGUCAUGUAUACUAGAAUUCUAUCAAACAGGGAGACACGUGAAAGAGAAUGGCUAGUAUAUUCAAAAGAGCUUGACAAACUCUUUUGUUUUUGUUGUAAACUUUUUAAACAAGGGCAUCCGAAAGGUGGGUUAGAUAACGAAGGUUAUGCGGAUUGGAGGCAUGCUUCUCAAGGUCUUAAAGCGCAUGAAGUUAGCUUUGAACAUCUCAAGAAUAUGCAUGAAGUUAGCUUUGAACAUCUCAAGAAUAUGCAUCAAUGGUUUGAUAUGCAUCAAAGGUUUGAAAUGCGCCAAAGGUUAUACAUUUACUCGUUUCGCGAAAAUUACUCUUAUUAAAUUACUAUUUUACCCUUAAUCAACCUAUUGAAUAACUAUUUACAUAUUCAUACAA